GCUUGGCGACGUUACCUCCGCUUCCUACCCGGAAGGAACGGAGGGCGAUGGCGGCGGAGCCUAUGGGGCAACAGUGGGUGCUGGUGGAGAUGGUCCAGGCCUUCUAUGAGGCUCCAGCGUACCAUCUUAUUUUAGAAGGUAUUCUGAUCCUAUGGAUAAUAAGACUACUUUUCUCUAAAACAUACAAACUUCAGGAGCGAUCUGAUCUUACACCUAAGGAAAAGGAAGAAUUGAUUGAAGAAUGGCAGCCAGAACCUCUUGUUACUCCAGUACCAAAAGAUCAUCCAGCACUGAACUACAAUAUUGUUAAAGGGCCUCCAGCUCACAAUAUUAUCGUGAAUGACAAGGAAUGCAUAAACUUUGCAUCAUUUAAUUUUCUUGGGCUUUUGGAUAAUGAAAGACUUAAAAAUGCAGCCCAGGCAUCUCUGGCAAAAUAUGGUGUUGGCACAUGUGGCCCGAGAGGAUUUUAUGGCACUUUUGAUGUGCAUUUGGAACUGGAGGAGAAACUUGCCAGAUUUAUGAAGACUGAGGAAGCUAUCCUAUAUUCCUAUGGAUUUGCUACAAUUGCCAGUGCUAUUCCUGCCUAUUCAAAACGGGGAGACAUUUUGUUUGUUGAUGAAGCAGCUUGCUUUGCUGUUCAGAAAGGGUUACAAGCAUCCAGAAGUAACAUUAAGUUUUUUAAGCAUAAUGAUAUGGCUGAUCUUGAGUAUCUACUACAAGAACAAGAGAUUGAAGAUCAAAAGAACCCUCGCAAAGCCCGUGUAACACGAAAAUUUAUCGUAGUAGAGGGGUUGUUUAUUAAUACUGGGGAUAUUUGUCCUCUGCCAGAAUUGGUAAAGUUAAAAUAUAAAUACAAAGUGAGAUUGUUUUUGGAAGAAAGUUUCUCCUUUGGAGUACUGGGGGAACAUGGACGAGGAGUUACAGAACAUUUUGGAAUAAGUAUUGAUGACAUUGAUCUUAUAAGUGCAAAUAUGGAAAAUUCCCUGGCUUCUAUUGGAGGAUUUUGCUGUGGACGAUCGUUUGUUAUUGACCACCAGAGGUUGUCUGGUCAAGGCUAUUGCUUUUCAGCCUCUCUGCCUCCCCUCCUAGCUGCCGCCGCCAUUGAAGCUCUCAAUAUCAUGCAAGAAAAUCCAGGCAUUUUUCAGGUUUUAAAACAAAAAUGUAAGCAAAUACACAAAGCUUUACAAGGGAUUCCUGGUCUACGACUAGUGGGACAGUCCUUUUCCCCAGCAUUACAUCUCCAGUUAGAAGAAAGUACUGGAUCUCGAGAAAGUGAUAAGAGGCUACUGAAAGAAAUUGUAGAAUAUUGUAUGAACAGAGGUAUUGCUUUAACUCAGGCUCGUUAUUUGGAAAAAGAAGAAAAAUAUCUCCCUCCACCAAGCAUACGGGUGGUAGUGACGGUAGAACAAACAGAGAAGGAAUUGGACAAAGCUGCCUCCCUCAUCAGAGAAGCUGCAGAAUCUGUACUAAACUGAGGUUGGAUUGUUUCGAUUUCUGUCUCACACAACACUAGGAUGCUGGUGUUUUCACAGUGUGAUGACUUGCACUUCAGAGAUUUAAUUAUUUGGAUUAUCAUCUGAUGGAACUGAAAGUUGGACUUUAUCGGGUCAUUCCACACACAAAAACAGAUA